AUGCAGCACACGGAGCGUCCACCAGAUCAUAAAGAUGACUGGCCGCAAUACCCGGACCAUCGGCUCUUGACUGCUAAGUACUUCUGUCCUGGCACCGGGACUCCGAUGCCUGCUAGGGACCACCUCUGGCCCAAGCGUUGCCGUCAGCUCUUCCAGUGCCCUGAAAGCUUCUAUGAUUCCAGCAUACGAGGAUAUUCGAGCACUCGGAACGAUGAGUUAUCCCGUGUUUCUCGCGUGGUCUCAGAUCGUCCGAGCCGUUCUCGACAGGCUAUAACGCUUCUUCCACGAUCUUCCCCAAAGCACAGGACCCUGCAUUGCUUAUUUGAGAUUAUUGGAAAGGUUGCCACGAGGAGUCAAGAGGGUAAUAAAAAAGAGUGA